GUGUGCUCUCUCUCUCUCUCUCUCUCUCUCUCUCUCUCUCUCGGAUGCUCAGGGAAGUACUAAAUGCGGCGGUGGUGGGCUGAGCUUCGUAGAACUCGGCGCCGACUCCUCUCUCUCCGCCGACUAUAAUAAGCAUUAGAGCGAAACCCUAGUCGACAAUGGCGCGCUCUCUCCUCUUCCUCCUCCUGCUCCUCCUCCUCCCCAUGGCCGCGUGGGCCGGGUCCACGGCGCUCAGCGACGACGUGCUCGGGCUCAUCGUGUUCAAGGCCGAGGUCGUGGACCCCCAAUCCAAGCUCGCCACGUGGGACGAGGACGACGACCACCCAUGCGCCUGGUUCGGCGUCACGUGCGACCCCGCCACCCGCCGCGUCGUCGCCCUAACCCUAGAUGGCCUCUCCCUCUCCGGCAAGCUCGGCCGCGGCCUCCUCCAGCUCCGCUCCCUCAAAACCCUAACCCUCGCCCGCAACAACUUCUCCGGCGAGCUCAACCCCGACCUCCUCUCCCGGAUCGACGCCCUUCAAACCCUCGACCUCAGCGAGAAUCGCCUCUCCGGAUCGAUCCCUGACGCGUUCUUCGCGCAAUGCCGAUCGAUCCGAUCCAUGUCCUUGGCCAAAAAUGACAUCUCUGGUGAGAUUCCUCACAAUGUGGGCUCUUGCUCUACACUAGCAUCGCUUGAUCUCUCGUCGAAUCGGCUUUCGGGGUCGAUGCCGAGUGAGAUUUGGUUGCUAAAUGCAUUAAGAUCUCUCGAUCUCUCCAAUAAUGCUUUGGUUGGUGAUAUCCCCGUUGGGAUAAAGAGGAUGUAUAAUCUGAGAUCAAUAAGCUUAAGAGGGAAUCAGCUAACGGGGUCGCUCCCGGAUGAUAUCGGUGAUUGUUUGCUACUAACAUCGCUUGAUCUCAGUUCGAAUUCGUUGUCGGGAAAUUUACCGGACUCGUUGCGAAAGCUUUCCAUUUGUGGCUACCUUAGCUUGAGCUCCAAUUCCUUUACAGGGGAUGUUCCUACUUGGAUUGGAGAGUUGAGAAACUUGGAGACUCUUGAUUUAUCCGGAAACAAGUUUUCCGGUCAAAUCCCAAGUUCUUUAGGCAAACUCGAGCUCUUGAAAGAGUUGGAUCUCUCCAGAAACAGCUUUACGGGGAGUCUCCCUGAAUCAAUCUCUGCUUGCAAGAGUCUGAGGGAAGUCGACUUCAGUUCGAACUCGUUGACGGGAACUCUUCCUUCCUGGGUUUUCGAAUUGGGUUUGCAGCGGAUUUUGAUCUCGGAUAAUGUAUUGAGUGGAUCGAUACAAGUUCCUGCAAUAGCUGCUUCGGCCGCCAGGGUUUUGGAUUUAUCCGGCAAUGACUUUUCCGGUGUAAUCCCCGCCGAAAUCUCUGAUCUUCGAGGCUUGGAGUUGUUGAACUUGUCGCGGAAUUCGCUGUCCGGUUACAUUCCGAUGAGUGUUGGGGAACUUAAGUUUCUAGAAGUGCUUGAUGCAAGUGAGAACCGAUUGAAUGGUACCAUCCCUUUAGAGAUAGGAGAAGUAAUCUCUCUAAAGGAGCUGAGGUUGGGGAUGAACUCACUUACAGGGGAUAUUCCUACCCAAAUAGGGAAUUGCUCCUCUCUUACAUCCUUGGACCUUUCGCAAAACAAUCUAACCGGUCCAAUUCCCCCGACAAUUGCGGAACUCCCCCAUCUUCGAUCUGUCGAUCUAUCCCAAAAUAAGCUCACGGGAACAAUUCCUAAAAACCUCUCUGACCUGCCCCUCAUCUCCUUUAACAUUUCCCACAACCUUUUAUCCGGAGAUAUUCCUACUGGAACCUUUUUCAACACAAUCCCUGUCUCUUCUCUUAUUGACAACCCAGGCCUCUGCGGCUCCGCUCUCAAUAUAUCUUGCCCUGCUGUCCUCCCCAAGCCUAUUGUAUUAAACCCUAACUCUUCAUCCAAUCCUUUAUCCCAACCGGCGUCAAACCCUAAUACUCUUCGCCACAGGAAGAUAAAAAUCCUGAGCAUCUCAACCCUCAUAGCGAUUGCCGCUGCUGCCAUUAUUGCUGCCGGUGUGGUCGUCAUCACUGUCCUCAACCUCAAAGUCCGUCCUUCUGUCUCUAACUCUGCUACCGCUGCCCCCUUCGCCCUAUCAGACGGUUAUUUGAGCCAAUCACCAACCACUGAUUCUAGUUCCGGGAAGCUUGUAAUGUUUGGUGGGGGUGAAGCUGAAUUUAGUGCUGGGACGCAUGCACUUUUAAACAAGGACUGCGAACUAGGCCGUGGAGGGUUCGGUGCUGUCUACCAGGCUGUUCUGCGAGAUGGCCGGCCAGUGGCCAUCAAAAAGCUAACGGUCUCGAGCUUAGUUAAGUCACAAGAUGAGUUUGAGAGGGAGGUGAGCAUAUUAGGAAACGUGCGGCAUCAUAAUCUUGUUGCACUCAAAGGCUACUAUUGGACUUCGUCGCUCCAACUCCUUAUAUACGAGUUUGUUCCGGGUGGUAAUUUAUAUAAACACCUCCAUGAGUGCACUGCAUCUAAUUCCUUAUCAUGGCAAGAAAGAUUUGAUAUAAUUCUCGGUAUAGCGAGGAGCUUGGCGUGCCUUCAUCAACACAAUAUAAUUCAUUACAAUCUUAAAUCGAGCAAUGUUCUACUUGAUGAUUCAGGUGAGCCCAAAGUUGGGGACUAUGGCUUGGCUAAGCUUUUACCGAUGUUGGACCAUUAUGUUUUAAGCAGCAAGGUACAGAGUGCCCUUGGCUACAUGGCUCCUGAGUUUACAUGCCGAACAGUGAAGAUCACGGAUAAAUGUGAUGUCUAUGGAUUUGGAGUGCUUGUUUUGGAAAUCUUAUCAGGAAGGAGACCUGUGGAGUAUAUGGAGGAUGAUGUUGUCAUGCUCUGUGAUUUGGUGAGGGGUGCUUUGGAUGAAGGGAGGGCUGAAGAGUGUAUCGAUGAGAGACUUGGUGGGAAAUUUCCAAUCGACGAGGCUGUUCCGGUUAUUAAAUUGGGCUUGAUUUGUACUUCGAGGGUGCCAUCAAACAGGCCGGACAUGACUGAGGUGGUGAAUAUAUUGGAGCUGAUCAGGUGCCCUCAAGAUAGCCAGGAAGAUGAGAUCGGUUAAGGACUUUACGGAAGUAAUGUUAAUUUUCAUUUAGAUCCAUUUAUUUAGCAGUAACCAAGAGGGGAGAGAACGAGGAAAUAUGAGGUUCUACAAGAAGUAGAAUUCUCUGUGCUUUACUGAGAAAAAUAGGAAAAGCCAAAGAAGAGCAGAUGGUGUCAGCUUGACUAGCAUGUUGGUGGGCAAGGAUAGGUAUAAUGUUUCAUGUUGUUUAGUGUUUGAGAGCUCUAGAGGUGUUCGCUUUUCAUCUUUUCCCUGUUACUCCAUAUACCUUACCACCAAAUUCUACUAAUGUGAAAUCCUUUUUGAAGUACUGUAUUAGUUCAUAGUGCUCAGUGUAUUACUGUUUAAUUUCCAACAAUAUGUCAUGGGUAUUUUACAUUUGGCA